CCCCAUGCCUCCUGAGCUCUCUCCUGGUCCUCCGGACGGAUCCCCGCCUCUCCGUUGGGGCCCUUUAGCCCUUUCCUGCGUCCCAGGCUCGCCAGAGCUGCGGAGCCCCAGGAUGCCUCCGCCUCUCCCUCCCCGCACUUCUCUCCGUACUCCCUCUCCUGGCGUCCCUCCUCUUUCUAUCCCCUGCAGCCACCCAGCCCUGCGCUCUUCUUUGGGGACACCCCCGCUACCCACCCCUCGAAUUACUUUUCUUCCUCCCUAUCCUUGAGUUCCUCCUCCCUGGUGACCCUUAGAGUCACCCAGCCCAAAGCCCCUCCGAAGGGACUCCCCUCUCAAGGUCGCCCGAAGCGUCUCAUUUUUCCAAGUCAGCCUGGAGACAGCAACCAUCAGGGUGCGGCCACCGCCCUGCCCCUGCCUGGCGGUGUGACACGUCCAACCUCAGGGGCCUGCUACUGCCCUUCCUCCUGCAGCUGCCUCCGCGGAUCCUGCGCCUCCGGUCUUCCCAUGCCUGGCCUCAGCAUGGAGGGGCAGUUUGCGGCCUUUUAGGUGAAGAGAUGGCAUUUGUGAAGAGUGGAUGGUUGCUGCGACAGAGUACUAUUUUGAAGCGCUGGAAGAAGAAUUGGUUUGACCUGUGGUCAGAUGGUCACCUGAUCUAUUAUGAUGACCAAACUCGCCAGAGUAUUGAGGAUAAGGUCCAUAUGCCGGUAGAUUGCAUCAAUAUCCGCACAGGGCAUGAGUGUCGGGAUAUUCAGCCUCCAGAUGGGAAGCCAAAAGACUGUCUGCUGCAGAUUGUUUGCCGAGAUGGGAAAACUAUCAGUCUUUGUGCAGAAAGCACAGAUGAUUGUUUGGCCUGGAAAUUUGCACUGCAAGAUUCUAGAACAAACACAGCUUAUGUUGGCUCACCAGUCCUUUCCGAGGAGACAGUUGUGGCUGCUUCACCCCCUCCAUACACAGCCUAUGCUGCACCAACUCCUGAGGUAGGGAGCCAAGCUGUGCAGGAGAUCGUUUAUAUGCUGGAAAUUUGGGAUUGAACCCAGAGGGGCUUA